AUGCGCUUCAACUCGGUAACUGGCGUCGUGGCUUUGGCUGCUGCUGCUGCCCAUGCCCGGGAGCUUCCAAAGGAUGAGGCUCGUGCCGCAGAGCUCUAUGACUCUGGUGUGAUUCACGAUAGGCUCAUGUCCAUGAAGAUUGCACACUGGGAAGCCGAAGAAGCUGUUGGCCUCAUGAACUCGUCUCAAUGGCCCAGACUUGGUUACACCAAGUGCGUCGACGGAUACGCCGAGGCGAUCCCAGACAGUCCUCUGCACAAGUUCAGAUGCAAGAACAUGGAUCUCUAUGACUUCAUCAACCAUGCAACUCUGGGUUCCCCGAACACGGACUACCGUGGAAAAAGCGGAAGCUCGUCUUGGGGUUGGACUGACCCUGAUUCUGGGCGAGAGUUUAUAGUCAGCGGCAUGUUUGAUGGUUGCGCCUUCAUCGAGAUCCUUCCAGAGGGCAAGAUGUUCAACCUUGGGUUCCUGCCUACCUACUCCCCUGUUGGCGACAGGGCCUACUGGCACGAGAUUCGGGCGUAUCACCAUUACAUGUUGAUUGGAUCUGAACUCGAGGGCCACGGAAUCCAGAUCUUUGACAUGAAGAAACUUCUGGAUAUCGACCCGACAGAGGCGCCGAUCCUCUUCACAAACGAGAACGACCUCACUGGUCACUUCAGCGAGUCUCUCCCGCUGGGCCGCAGCCACAACGUUGUCGUCAACGAGGAGGCCAAGUACGCCGUGGCCGUUGGCGUCCAGCCCCGCAACCAGGGCUGCAUGGGCGGUCUGCACUUCUUCAGUCUCGAGGAUCCUAGCAACCCUGUGUUCUUGGGCUGCGAUGGGCAGGAUGGUUACGUCCACGAUGCCCAAUGCCUCAUCUACAGAGGCCCUGAUGCCAAGUACAACGGUCGCGACAUUUGCUACGGUUACAACGAGGACACCUUGACGAUUUACGAUGUUUCCGACAAGAAGAACUCCAAAAUCAUCUCCCGCACGAGUUACGAGGGUGCCACCUUCACUCACCAGGGCUGGGUCAACGACCUGAACUGGCAAGAAUGGCUUUUCAUGGAUGACGAGUACGACGAAGAUGAUCUUGCCGGUCCUGCUGCUGAUGGCUACCCCGUGACUUACAUCUGGGAUAUCCGGUCUCUGGAGAACCCCCGUCAGACGGGAAUCUUCAAGGGAAGCGUCAAGGGCAUCGACCACAACCAAUACGUCGUCGGUGACCUGCUUUUCCAGUCCAACUAUGGUGCCGGCGUCCGUGUGUGGGACAUCUCAUCAGUGCCUGAGGACCCCACGGGCAACUCAGUGUGCGAGAUUGCCUACUUCGACAUCUAUCCUGAGGAUGACUCUCUUCCGGGAGGUGGCGCCAUCCAGUUCUCUGGAUCAUGGUCUUCGUACGCGUACUUCAAGUCGGGUUUCAUCUUCGUCAACACCAUUGAGCGCGGUGGCUACCUUGUCAAAAUGACAAAGAGAGAGGCUUGCAAGCCCAAGAGCUGCAACGCGGACAACUGCCUGCGUGCUCUGAGGGCGACCAGUGUUCCGGGCCGUCUGGAAGAGAGCCAAGAGUUCUGCGGCGAGUUCACAAAGACAUUCGUCGCGGAUGUGGCGGUUGUUCCCGCGUAUGCCGCCGAGGCGUGUCCGACCAACGUCAUCUCGAGGGUCAGCUCGGCCUGCUCUUGCUUGCCGACUCCCACUGCGUAG